AUGAAUGGUCUCUCCAUCAGCCCUUUUAUAGCGAGCCUCCCCAAGGUUGAGCUUCACAUUCACAUCGAAGGCACUCUCACACCAUCACUGCGUUGGGAAUUAGCACACCGUAACGGAAUUGCUCUUCAGUAUACUACGUUGGAAGAUCUCAAGGCGUCAUACGCCGUUACAUUGAAUCAUCGCCCCGAGAUCAACGGACGUCAACCCGGGAUCCCAACGUUUCUUGAAGCCUAUUUUGCUGGAUGCGAAGUGUUGCGCACCGAAGAAGACUUCUAUGACCUUGCCAUGGCAUAUCUCUCUCGUUGCGCUACGAUGAAUGUGCUCUAUGCCGAGCCCUUCUUUGAUAUCCAGGCGCAUACUCGUCGCGGGGUUCCAGCCGCUGCGGUCCUAGAUGGAUAUCUCCGGGCCCAACAUGAUGCCGCGGCAAACCUUGGUGUGCAUUCACGGUGGAUAAUGUGUUUUUUGCGCGACGAGCCCGUGGAGGAGGGGUUGAAGGCCUAUGCCGAAGCGAGGCCCUGGGCAGCGGGAACAGUCGAGGGUGGCAAGGGUUUGUUCCACGCCGUUGGAUUAGCCAGCAAUGCAUUUGAGAGGCCGCCAAGUCUUUUUGAGGAAGGUUUCCGCCUCGCUCGUGCGGAUGGCUUGCAUGUUACCAUGCAUUGUGACUUUGGACAAAAAGAUACGCAUUCUCACAUGACCGAGGCGAUAUUCCAGGUAUGCGAUGGCCGGGGGGCAGAGCGGAUCGACCAUGGGCUUGAUGCUGAAGAUAAGGAGGAGCUGUGGAGAGGUCUUUUAGAUAGAAACAUUGGUCUAACUCUGUGCCCACAUGCAUACCAUCGCAGGACGGCAACCGAGAUUUUGUUUCCUAAGAUUCGAAGGUUGUGGGAGAAAGGAGUGAAGUUUUGCAUAAAUAGUGACGAUCCUACACUCAUGCACGACGUAUGGAUUGAUGGCAAUCUGCAAAAGGUGUAUACAUAUGGCGGAUUCAGUCAGAGUGAAAUGGUCCAAUUGACAAGGAACGCCGUGGACAUGUGUUGGGCCGAGGACCAUCUCAAGAAGACCAUAUAUGAAAAGCUAGAUAGCAUACACAGUACUCUGUGUCUGGCCUCGUCUCAGUGA